GGGCGGUGCUCGCGGACGCCUCUCUAUGACGCAGCAUAGCAAGGUUGGACUGCCUGGUGUUUACACCGGAGCCUUCCCGGUUGGAACAGUAGUCUUGAGCAAGGAGGCACAGAGAUAGACCAUCGCUCGCCCCAACUUUUGCGGGGGGCUUGUCCCGCUAUCCUUACCAUGGCACAGCAACGAGGGGUCAACAGCUUGCGCUUCAACCAAGACCAGAGCUGCUUUUGCUGUGCUAUGGAGACUGGCGUCCGGAUUUAUAACGUGGAACCUCUCAUGGAGAAGGGGCAUCUUGAUCAUGAACAGGUUGGCAGCGUGGCUCUGGUUGAAAUGCUGCAUCGAUCCAACCUCCUGGCUCUUGUGGGUGGAGGAGGCAACCCUAAAUUCUCUGAGAUUUCAGUCUUGAUCUGGGAUGACGCUCGCGAAGGAAAAGAGGGCAAAGAGAAGCUGGUGCUGGAGUUCACCUUCACCAAGCCAGCUUUGGCUGUCCGCAUGAGGCAUGACAAGAUAAUCAUUGUGCUGCGGAACCGGAUCUACGUGUAUUCCUUCCCCGACAACCCCGUCAAACUCUUUGAGUUCGACACCAGGGACAACCCCAAAGGACUCUGCGAUCUCUCUCCGAGCCUUGAGAAACAGCUCCUGGUCUUCCCGGGGCACAAAUGUGGCAGCUUGCAACUGGUGGAUCUCUCCAGCACGAAGCCCGGCACUUCCUCGGCCCCUUUCACCAUCAACGCCCACCAGAGCGAGAUCGCCUGCAUCUCUCUCAACCAGCAGGGCACGGUGGUGGCCUCGGCCUCCAAGAAAGGGACUCUCAUCCGCCUCUUUGACACCCAGACCAAGGAGAAGCUGGUGGAGCUCCGGAGAGGGACAGACCCAGCGACUCUGUACUGUAUUAACUUCAGCCACGACUCGUCCUUUCUCUGCGCUUCCAGCGACAAAGGAACCGUCCACAUCUUUGCCCUGAAAGACACCCGUUUAAAUCGCCGGUCCGCACUGGCACGUGUGGGGAAGGUUGGGCCCAUGAUAGGCCAGUAUGUGGAUUCGCAGUGGAGUCUGGCCAGUUUUACCGUACCAGCUGAGUCCGCCUGCAUCUGCGCUUUUGGCAGGAACACCUCCAAGAACGUCAACUCAGUCAUUGCUAUCUGCGUGGACGGCACUUUCCACAAAUACGUCUUUACUCCAGACGGAAACUGCAACCGGGAGGCUUUCGACGUCUACCUGGACAUCUGCGACGACGACGACUUUUGAGCCCAACUCAGCCUCUGUUCCAAAUGCUGCUGGGCCCCAGGGCGGCUUGGCUGGAGGGCGGCUGGCCGGCCAAGGGUCAGCGUUGGAGGGAACCCUGCUGGGAUGGGGACAGAGGGAGCCACCAGAUUAGUCAUCCCUCUCAACUCCCACCCUUUAAAAGGUCCUUUAAAAAGAAACGGAUCCCACCUCCUGCAGAGCCAGGGAGAGGCCUAGAAGAUGGAUGCUUUUGGAGACACCGUUCCUCAGACUCCGUUCACUUUGGAUUUUUGGAAGCAGCAGGAGCAAGCCUCUUACCGUCGGCUCCAUCUGGCCGUUCCCAGCUGCCGACAUGCCAGAGGCGGUGUGCGAUGGAAUGUGUGUGCGUGUGCAUGGCGGAAGAGCCCAUUAAAACAGAAAUUCAGCCGCUG